GCCUGCUGCGCGUGCGUAAGUUAGGUUAGGUUAGGUUACGUUGCACCUGACUUCGUAACAAGGGAGAAAUUUUCUGCGAAUCUAUUGACAAAAGCUUUGAAAAGUCGGAAAUCAUGUGGUAUGAGAUUAUUCCACCGAUGCUGAUAAUAGGCUUGAUACCAGUACUUCCUCAAUGGGCUACUUGGUACAUAAAUGAAUUCACCUUGGGGAACCCAAUGCGUAGAGACAUGAGAGAUAUAUGGGAUCGCCAUAUGUUUACAAGAGACAGUCGCAUUGAUGGAGCGCCAUGGAGACACAGAGGACUAGAGAAUGUUCCUGAUGAUUAAGAGUACAAAUACACCCACAAUAAAUGGAUAUAAUGGUAGUAAUACGAUACAUCAAAAAUAGACAAGUUGUCAUCCAAUUAUAAAUUACAAUAUAACUAAAUGAUAUAAAUUAAUUGUAUAUAUGAUAUAUAAAUAUAUUAUACUACAUUAAAUGUA